AUGGACGCUCUAGUAGUUAGUUUUGAAUUUGUUUCUCUUGCCCUUGACUCAAAUAAAAAACCAUUAUUAUUUAUCGACCUAUACGUCCAAAACUCCCCGGCAGAACCUCUCAGAACACUCAUAGACUCCGGAGCAACCUCAAACUUCAUCUCCCCCUCCGUCGUAGAAAAAUUGAAAAUCCCAAAAACCCAACUCGAAAAUCCACGAGUUGUGAGAAUGUUAGAUGGUACGAUUUCCCAGACUGGUUGCAUUUGGCACCAGGUCCAACUCACGGUUUUGGCCAAUGGCCAUACACAUUCCAUUCCUUUCCUCGUUUGUCCCAUUGGGAACACCCCGGCUAUCUUAGGCAUGACUUGGCUAACGGCAGAAGCUCCCCUCAUUGACUGGCAACAGGGAUCAAUCACGUUCCCGGAACAGGUGCAGAUUGCCUCUGAGGAGGAAGCAGACUCAAACCCCCUAGCGGAUCUUCCGGAACAAUACCAUGAAUUUGCCAAGGUCUUUGGCGAAGAAGAAUUCAAGGUGCUUCCCCCACAUAGGGAAUAUGACAUUGCCAUAGAUCUUGUCCCGGAUGCUAAACUAUCUCCCGGUCCCAUAUACGGUAUGACAGAUGCGGAGUCUAAAGCGCUGAAGCAGCAUAUUGAUGAGGAACUAGCCACGGGCAAAAUCCGCCCUAGUACCUCCUCCGCCGGCGCUCCAGUGAUGUUUGUCAAAAAGGCCGAUGGAUCCCUUAGAUUAGUUGUUGACUACCGGAAGCUGAAUGAAGUAACCCAUAAGAACGUAUACCCCUUACCAAGGCAGGACAACCUCAUGGCCAAACUCAGACAUGCCAAGAUCUUUACCAAGCUAGACCUUUGGUGGGGUUAUAACAACGUCAGGAUUAAGGAAGGAGAUGAGUGGAAGACGGCCUUCAGAACCAAAUAUGGCCUAUUCGAGUACCUAGUUAUGCCAUUCGGACUUACCAACGCACCUGCCGCAUUCCAACACUUUAUGAAUGAUCUGUUCCGAGACCUCAUUGACGUUACAGUGGUUAUUUAUUUGGACAACAUCUUGAUUUUCUCAGAGGACCCCAAGGACCACCCAACUCACGUCAGAGAGGUCUUAUCACGCCUGAUGAAGAAUCAAUUAUUCUGUAAACUCUCCAAGUGCCACUUCCAUGUCACCACAGUGGAUUAUCUGGGUAUCGUCAUCUCCCCGUCAGGUUUUUCCAUGGAUCAAAAGAAGAUUGAUGCGGUCACGUCAUGGCCUACCCCUAAGACAGUUAAACAGGUCCAGGCAUUCCUUGGUUUUGUCAAUUACCUCCGCCGCUUCAUUCCCAAUUUCAGUUCAGUAGCACGCCCCCUGCAUAACCUUACCAAAAAGGAAACCCCCUGGUUGUGGGGAAACCUUGAAGAAGAAGCGUUCCAAGAGUUGAAAUCCCUUGUCACCCGGUCACCUGUCCUUAUUCAUUCCAACCCGGAUCUGCCCUACUACCUGGAAACCAAUGCAUCAGGAGUGGCUAUGGGGGCAAUCCUUAGUCAAAGAGGAGAAGAUAACCGCUUACACCCAGUAGCUUACAUGUCGAAGUCAUUCUCAGGAGCAGAAGCCAACUACGACACUCAUGACAAAGAGCUCCUGGCAAUAAUCAAGGCAUUGGAAGAAUGGCGGAUAUUUCUAGAAGCAACGGACAAACCCAUUCAGGUUUUCACGGAUCAUAGAAACCUGGAGUACUGGAUGCAGGCAAGAACAUUCAACCGGCGGCACGCCAGAUGGCGCAUAUUCCUGAGCGACUUUAAUUUUGAAAUCCAUUAUCGCCCAGGAAAACAGUCAGGGAAACCGGACGCCCUGUCCAGACGGUCUGAUUACGUGGACACCCCCCAGGAACCAGAAGUAAUGCUACCAGCAGAGGUCUUUGCAAACACGUCAGAAGAGGAACUAGAAAUUGUCACAGAAAUUCGUUCCAAACUGAAAGAAGAUCCCUCGAUCGAGCCAAUCAUCCAAUUCCUAACGGAAGAUGCGGAUAAUGCACCUCCGUCCAUCCAAAAGGCCUACAGGGACUACGAUUGGGAAGAAGAUUUGCUAUGGUACCGCGGAAAACUGGUAGUUCCGGACUCAGAACCUCUGAAAGAGCGACUAUUGAGGGAAUUCCAUGACUCCCCCCUGGCAGGUCACCCAGGCCAACAAAGGACACUCGAACUCAUCAGCAGGAACUACUGGUGGCCUGGAAUGAAGUCUUCUGCAAAAGAAUGGGUUGAAUGCUGUCCAGUUUGUCAAGCCAACCAACGUGCGCAUGCCCCAGUGAUUGCCCUAAAACCCUUGGAAGUCCCCCCUUACCCAUUCCAUACCAUAUUGUACGACUUCAUCACCGGGUUUCCCAAGUCCCAGGGGCACAAUGCUAUCCUUGUGGUUAUCGACUCAUUCUCCAAGUUUGGUCACUUCAUUCCCACGUCCAAGAAGGUCACGUCCAAGGGAUUAGCGGAUUUAUUCGUAAAGCACGUCUGGAAACUCCAUGGUUUGCCAAUCAGAACCGUCUCGGACCAAGGAACCACGUUCACCGGCAAGUUUCUCAGGGCACUCUAUCAAAGGCUGGGAAUCAAACCAUCCUUUUCCUCCGCUUACCACCCAGAAUCCGACGGACAGACGGAAAGGGUCAACCAGUUCAUUGAGUUCUACCUAAGGUCAUACGUAGCAGCCGACCAUUCAGACUGGGCCACCUGGCUCCCUUUGGCAGAAUACGCGUAUAACAAUGCCAAACACGCGUCUACAGGAAAGACCCCCUUUGAACUAGUCUAUGGAAGGAAUCCAGUAAUGAAUCCCUCCAAUGUCCCAGCCAACGUACCAGAGGCAGAUGAGGUAGCAAACACACUAGCCCGCGAAUGGAAAGAAGCCGAGUCAGCCCUCAGGUUAAGCAAGGAACGGAUGACCAGAAACCAGGGAACAAUACCGGAGUAUCUUGUAGGGGAAAAAGUCUGGCUUGAUGGGAAGAACGUGGAACUCAGGACGAAUUCCAACAAGUUAGAUCCCAAGCGACUGGGACCAUUUGAGAUCACGGAAAAAAUCUCCAGCCACGCCUAUCGAUUAAAACUCCCGGAUACGCUGAAAAUCCAUGAUGUGUUCUACGUAGGGUUGCUUUCUAAAAGUCAUGAAUCCCCAAGUCAACCAUUUCCAGAACGACCCCCUCCUGAAACAAUAGAAGGGGAAGAAGAAUACGAAGUGGAACAGAUCAUUGAUUCCAAACGGCAACGAGGGAAAUGGUUCUAUCUUAUCAAAUGGAAGGGUUAUGGUCCGGAAGACAAUUCCUGGGAACCUGAGGAGCUCUUGGAAAACAGUCAAGAGGAGAUCCAACGCUUCAACAAGUCGCGACUGAAAAAGGCUCGUGACUCCGCCAAGAGCCUUUAA